AUGCCAACUAUACUUGAUUUAAAAUUUGCAUUAAAAGAAGUUACCGCAUAUUUUGGUUUAUUUAUUUUAAUCAUAGGUAUAAUUGGUGGAAUAUUAAAUAUAAUUAUUUUUACAACAUUAAAAACAUUUCGAGAAACAACAUGUGCAUUUUAUUUAACAUUUGCUUCAAUAGUCGGAAUGGGUCAAUUAUUAACAGCAUUAUUUGUACGUAUACUUUCUGAUGGAUUUUCUAUUGAUCCAAGACCUAUGCUCUGGUUUUGUAAAACAUAUUUCUUUGCAUCAAAUUGGUGUUUAUCAGUUUGGUUGACAAGUAUGUGUUUAGCAACAAUUGAUCAAGUUUUAUCAAUGAGUAAAUAUCGACAUUUAAGUAAUCUACGAUUAGCUCAACGUUUUAUUCUUAUUGCAUGUAUAUUCUGGUUUAUACAUAGUCUAUUCACUUUCAUUUAUUGGGAUACAUCUUCUAGUGCAUGUGCAGUUUUUAAUCCAAUCUAUUCAAUUUAUUUUUCUCAUUUUACUUUACCAGUUCUCUAUGGAUGUUUACCAUUGAGUAUCUUAAUUAUAUUUUCAGUAUUAGCUUUCUAUAAAGCUCGAACAUUAGCUAGUCAAAACGUAAACGUAGUACGUUUAAGUCGAGAUCGACAAUUGACAGCAAUGUUAUUAGUUUAUAUUGGCUAUAUUGUAAUUGCUAUUAUUCCCUUUACCUCCUUUUAUAUAUAUAUACUUAAUAUAUAUACAACAGAUCCAUUCGUACUUGUUUCCAAUGGACUUAUUUUUACAAUAACAAUUUUAAUAGAAUAUUCUAUGUAUUCUGUAGCAUUCUAUAUCUAUUGUUGUGCUUCAGAACGUUUUCGUAAGCAACUUGUUCAUGUUCUUGGUAACAUAUUUUUCGGUCGAUGGCAACAUUGGAUUAAUAGAAGAAAUAAUAAUCAAGUAUUACCUAUUAUAACAAUAGAUGUAUGUCCUACAAAUUAUAAACCUAUUUCUAUUCCUUAA